AAGUAAAUAUUUAUUGGUAAAUUGUACUUUAAUAAAUUAUCCAAGACGGCGUCCCUACUCCUUUCCAGAGUUCAAAUAACCAAACAAUUUUUUAAAAAUUACGAAUUACAGCGACGAGGAGUUGUACAAUUAAUAAAUAUGAGUGAAGAAAAACCAAUAUCGUCAAAAAAUAAAAACAAAGAAAGUCUCGCCGAGCGAGAGAAAGAAGAAACAGAUGACAAUGCUAUGGAAGUCAUCAGGAAAUUUUUUUCUCAAAAACUUAAUUUAGUUACAACUUUGGAUGAAGAAGAUGAUGGUACAAAAAAGAUAAUUGAAAAUCUAACAUUUGAGGGCUUGUGUGACCACUGGAAGUCCAAAGGUUUCAAAAAUAUUAUAACCAUGGUUGGUGCUGGUAUAUCAACAUCGGCUGGUAUUCCCGAUUUCCGAUCACCUGGCUCUGGCUUAUAUGAUAAUUUGCAAAAAUAUAAUUUACCACAUCCUUCGGCCAUUUUCGAAAUGGACUAUUUUGAAGAUAAUCCACAGCCAUUCUUUGCUUUGGCUAAAGAACUUUAUCCCGGUUCUUUCAAUCCCACUCCAUCACACUAUUUUGUAAGACUUCUUCAGGAUAAAGGAUUGCUGUUACGCCAUUAUACCCAAAAUAUUGACACACUUGAAAGAAUUGCUGGUUUACCUGAUGAUAAACUGAUAGAGGCUCAUGGCACAUUCUUUACCAAUCAUUGUUUGGGUUGUCGUAAACUUUACUCCAUGGAAUGGAUGAAAGAUCAAAUCUUUUCGGACAAUGUACCCACUUGUACAGAUUGCAAUGCUGUAGUUAAACCUGACAUUGUAUUCUUUGGUGAAAAUCUGCCAGAGAAAUUUUAUACACUACCAGCCAAAGAUUUUAAUAAAUGCGAUCUGCUCAUCAUAAUGGGUACUUCAUUGGAGGUGCAACCUUUUGCUUCCCUUAUUGAUCGCGCAAACACAAAGUGUGUACGUUUAUUAAUCAAUCGCACUAAAGUUGGUAAUGAUUUUGGUGGUAUGAGCUCUUGGUUUAUGAGUGGUCCGGGACUAAUGUUUGAUAAUCCCAAAAAUACCCGCGAUAUCGCUUACAUUGGUGACUGUGAUGAUGGCUGCUUGGCUUUGGCAGAAGCUUUAGGUUGGAAGGACGAAUUGAAUGAGUUAAUUAAAAGUGAACAUGAACGUUUAGAUAAAGAAAAUCCAAAGGAUAAAAAAAAUAUUUCGAAAAACUCAAGUGAGGAUGACGAUAAAAUAAAAGAAGAAGCUAGAAAACUGGAUUCAUAAUUUUCUCAGGCUUAGGUGCAAUAUUUCAUUUAGUGAUUUUAUUCAAAAAUACAUAUUUUGAAUGUAAUAGGAAAAUUCUUUUAAAAUUUGAUUAGCAAUUUAGUUUACAUGACUAUAAAUGUGUAUGCAGAUACAUAGUAUAUAUUUCUUUAUGUAAUACUUGUUAAGAACAAUUUAUGAUAAUAAAAAACUAGUAUAUACAUAAUAUAUACAUGUAGUAAUUAGUACUUAUAACAAA